GAACAUUGCCAAAAUCGCUUUGGAAUCGCUUUUGGAUUGUGUCGGCGGGUCACACAAACAGCUUGCCCCAGUAACGCUUGCAUUGAUGCACGCUUUUCAAAGUUGUGCGACAGCUUGUCGAAUGCGAACACAUUUUGCACUCACUACUCUCAUGUAUGGUAAAUCCGAGAGCAUGAACAUAUCAGAUCAAACAGCGCUGAAGACUGGCUAUCCCUUAGGUGGAGCAGCUAACCGCGCGGAAGCUUUACUGAGACAGUUUCUGCGGCUCUCGCCAACUACACUGUUUCCGGAAUACCAAACUUCUCUGCUGUAUAGCCUUCAUUCACAUCUUGAGCCAAGUUCAGCUUUGGAGUGCGUUGCAUGGAGUAUGGGGCUGAAGGCAGCACUGGGAGACCGAAGAACUUCGUCCCUCGGUGGUCUUUCCGAUGGAUCCGCAGACCACUGCUUCGAUUGCAGUCCUUGGUUGUCUGCGGUUAUGAGUGCUCUUUCAGAUUUCUCCACAGCCUGGCGCUCUACACAAGUCCCAGUUGCAAAUGUGCUGGAUUUACAUGAUAGCGUAUCAUCACAUUUAGCUUCCGGUUCGGCAUCCACUACACGACGAAGCCUUGGAUGGUAUUUCCUACUGCUCGAACACUCUACCGACUGUCGUUACUUAUAUCUCAGUGUCCCUCUUCUGGGUGACGGCAGUUUAUGUGACCUUUCUAGUCAAGGAAGCCGCAAGAGGUUCCCGUCUGCUGAUCAGUAUGUGCAUUAUCGACUUUCAACCAGUCGUUCGGAAGCUAUUGGAACGGCCUGGUCAUACAAACGCAUGCUUAAAAAUUUGAGUCAACAACUUCAGAAAAAAUCGAGUUGGAUGAGCACAUCUGUCACACAAAUUCCGUUGGAGUUAACUCCAAAAUCGCAAGAAUUGUGCUCCCUGUUGGACAUCAUUGCAAAAGCCUGGUUCAGAGCUUCCACUACUGCGUCUAGAGAUAAUUCGCCAUCGCUCCAAAGUUAUCUGGUAACAGUAGAAAACUCCUGUUCCGAAUCGGACUUACCAUCUGAUGGCCUGGUCAUUUUGCCAGACUUGUGGCUAGCCGAACUGCCCUUGGAAUGUCUCCUUAUGCACACGGUGUUGGAACAGAUUACCUGUUCUGUGUCACUUCAUGGUUCCCCGGAUGCCCUAUCAACUGACUCAGGACACACAGCCAAGAAGACAGUCAGAAGUGCAUCCGUUUCAAAAACUGGUAGCCACAUUCCUUUUAUUUGGAUUGCGAGAGAAUUCAGUUUGAUGUACCUGCAUUCCCGACUAUCGAGUGAUACAACCAGCAGGACGGAACUUUCGGUAGAAAACGCUUUCAAGGAUACCGCCCGUAAGACUGACACCCAUAGGAGUCAAAGUUCAAGGAUACACCCAAUUAUUCGAGGUCACAUGGAGAGAUCAGCUACGAGUAAUGCACCUAGAAAAAACCGUGUGUCACUUCGGGGAAAAAAUUUGCCUGGUUCAUUUCAAAUCAACUCGGCAACAAUGUGUCUGCUGGUUGAUCCACAUGGUGAUACGCUGUCUAUCGAAGAUGAGCACCCCAACGAUCCAACUACUUUUGAGCUCGGGAAAAAGAAGCUGCCCAACGCCACUAUUAAAGCUGGAGGCGCCACCAGUUCACAUUUGCCAGUCUCUUUCGAUUCACACCUAAAAAUACUCUUGGAUAGAGAAACCACAGAAUACCGGGAACUCACAAGUCACUGGAUACGUCUCAUUGGUAACAGGCCUGAAGGAUACAUCCCUUCUGCUGGCGAACUGAAUGUCCUUCUGUCUCAGCUGUCUAGUGGUUUCUUGGCAUAUUCCACUGUCGGUCUGGGUGAUAUUGUUCCACCUCCGAUGCUGCUGAACAUCUCACUUUCCAAUUGUUAUUUCGUUGGGCUCUUUGACCUGGUACACACUCCAUCCAGCGUGCAACGUUUGGGAAGAUCAACGUCAAAGAAGACCAUCCUGCAACGUGAAACAGAAAAUUCGCUUUCUAUGUCUGUCAUUCUUACACUCUCCGGAUGUCGGUCAGUUAUUCUGUCUCAGCAUCACACGACACUAAUGGAUCUGCAGUUACGUUUCGAACACUUUUUGGAAGCAGCGUUAGGUGCACGGCUUUCGGUUGGUCAGUCGGCAUUCCAUGCUCAGCUGAAGCGGCUACGGUCCGAAUUAAGCUCAGCAUUGGCGAUGUCUUCGACGAUCGGAUCGCAACUACCAGAAGCGUCCACAGCACCAGUGUAUCCAGAAGGCACUUUAAACAGAACAGAAGAAUCUGCUUUAGCACUAAACGACAUUGAACACAUACUGAUGAAAUGUUUCUGCAUGGCUAUUUAUGGUUUACCGAACAUUGUGUUUUCUUAAGCGAGAAAUCAUGCUACAAAAUUUGAAUAAAACGAUUG